UUUCAGAGACAUAGAGUUUGAUUUGACGUUUGUUUGUUGACAUUUGCUUGUUUAAUUUUUCUUGCUCACAUCGUUCUUGUUUUUACCAAAAUGUCUUCAAAUAUAAAUAUUAUUUUGUUUAUUGUGAAAAUAUAUUUUACAACCAUUCAAAAGUAUGUAGAAUUGGAAAAUGCUUGCGCUGAAAGCAUUUCCCUUUAACGUGCACGAAGUGAGUUUUUAUUGAAUAUGAUGUGGUUUUGCUUGAAUCAACAAUGGAUGAUAUUAACAAUUUUGGAGAAACCGCAUACUAAAAUGCAUUGGUAGACCAACAUUUCCUAGUUCUUGUUAUUCAAUUGAUUGCCAAUGAAAUGGGGAGGAGUUCUUUAGGAACAAUUUUCGCAUGAAGCGCAGUAGCUUCAACAAGCUAUGCGGCCUUCUUUCAUGUUUGGAAAGGAAAGAUACAAAUUUUCGGAAAGCAAUUAGCCUUGAGAAGCGGGUAGCCAUUGCUCUGUAUGCCCUGGGAUCAUCUUCUGAGUACCGCAGUGUGGGUAAUAUGUUCGGAAUUGCAAAAUCGACUGUAUGCUUAAUCGUGUUAGAGUUUUGCAAGCAAGCAUGGAUUGUAUUACAUCCUGUUUACCUUAAUCACUUCCCUCUCAGUAGAGAAAAGAUACGAGAGUGCAUGUCUGGGUUCAACCAAAUUGGGUUUCCUCAAUGCAUUGGUGCAAUUGAUGGUUGUCACAUAGAAAUACAUCCAAAACAUGAUGAAGCCGUCGAUUACUUCAAAUACAAAGGGUGGUAUUCCACCGUGCUUUUGGCUUUAGUUGACGCCAGGUAAAUUUUCCUUCCUUUGAACUAUAUUUGUAUGUAUGUAUAUUUUUAACGUAAAUAAAACUACACCUCUU